GAUAAGUAAUAACGUGCAUGAAAGACAACCUAUAAAAAGUUUGGAAAAAAAAAAUGCAACUAGCAGAGGAGAGUAUAAUGAAGUGUAAGCCAGGAAUUCUAACACUUAAUCUUUUGUGCUAGGUAUCUUUCCAUGCACUCAUCUGUUGAACAAAACGUACAAAAUAUUUAACAGAAAACAGCAGGAGCGGAAUUGCUCCUGAAUAAGGAGCUAUGCUAAACAGCUGAGUAAACCCAUGGCAAUAAUUUUAAUCUGCAAAGAUGGAUUCAUGAUUUAUUUCACCUUUUGUAAGAGUGCAAAUGAUUAAAAUCAGAUUUUUUUUCUAAAUCAGAUUUUUUUUCUCACUGUAACUGUUCAGCAUCAGUGUUACUUGUCUUUAGGUGUUUCAGAAUAAGAAAGGAUUUUAUUAUAAGCUUUGCCAUGUGAAAAGCUUUUUUCAUAUGACCUUACACCUAUACUGCUUCUCUUCUUUAAACCAAGAAUGUAACUGGAGAUAAGAGGUUGUUUUUUUCCAUUCUCUUUCCUGCCUUUCAAGAAGAGGUAUAGCUACAAAUACAUAACAACUUCAAAUGUUCAACUUCAUUCACUUUGAACGUUACAAAGUAAGGGGUUAAAAAACAAAAUAUAUCUACUUGUUCUAUCUGUAUACAUAAUCUCUUAGAACAAGUAGUGAUAUCACAUAUGAAUUUAGCUUGCUCAUAAAUAUAAAGCAGACAGUCUGGGCUGGAUGUUCUUGGUAUUUCUGAUGUAUAGUUUAGUUAUUAGAUGAAGAGAAUCCUAGGAUUAAAUGUGCUUCUGACACAGAUUCCAAUUUACAGCCUAUGUGGGCUGUGAUGCAUUAGGAAACGAGUACAAAGCAGCUCUGUGUAUUUCUGUAGCUAACGAAAAAAAGAGUUAACCUGCAGGACUUCAAUCUCUGUUACUUCAUGAUAAUUCAUUUUUUCCUCAUAUUUUUCUUUUAAAUUUUCUUAAACUGAAAUUUGGAUAUUUCUUCUGCUGCAACAGAAAUUCUGUAAUGAGCAACAGAAGAUCAAGGUUACAAUAUUACACGUUCUUGUUGUAAUUACAGGCACAGUAAGUGAAGACAGACCUUAAGAGCUAGGUGUCCUAUUGACUAGGAAAGUUGCUGCAAAUAAGAAACCUCUUAUGUGAGACAACUUAAAGUAGGCUUUUUCUGCAAGAGAAGGGUUAAGGGGAUUUGUUCUCUUCUCCCUGGUAAUGAGUAGUUCUAAGGUUAGGUUUCUGCGGAUUAAAAAGGAGGGGAUGUCUGUAGAUUAGCCAGGGCAGUGAGGAUACUUGCUUUACUAACAUCCAACAAAUAUUCUUUCCCUCUGGAAAUUCUACAUGAGCAGGACAUGGUGUGAUCUGCUGUAUUUACAGGUAAGAAAAUGUUCUGUACUGAAACCAUUGUACUGUACGAUAAAUUUCCCGCAUGCAAUUUUGAAGUUAGAUUCUCCUCAUAGCUACAGCAAAGCUAAUUAAACUUGUGAUAGCUUUUAGUUACCAUUAGCUAAAUGUGUAUGAAUGGAGAGUGGGAACUAAAAAGAGAUUUCUUUUUUACUCCUAAUCUUUUACCAAAUAAUCUGACUUGAAUGCUAGGUGCUAUACAUUGACUAAUUUUGUUGGACAUAGCUUCACUUCGGAGCUGCUCUUGUUGUUUCAGAAGCACUUCAAAGAACAAUCUCUUGUAUGGUGAGAGAUACUGUAGAAAAAAAAAAAGACUGUGAAGUCCUUUCUUUGAACUACCUUGCCUUAUACACUUGAACUGAUUUAAUAUCAAUGUACUGAUCUUGUCAGUUUUCUGUUUGGUAAGACUGGGCUGUUGGCAACGAGAAGCUGGAAGUAAAGCUGCCUCCCUCACAUGACUGCAGUUUGCUGCACUCAUGUAUUCUCUGAAUGUGCUUUUGCUUUAGGAGGCAAUACUUUGGUGGCGUUACCCCCGUGUAAACAAGAUAAUGGCUUCACCAGUGGAGCUAUAUGCUUUUGUUUUGGAGGGAGGCAGGAUGACUCAUAUCGUCAGAUACAUCUGGAAUCAUAUCAUCGGAUAUAUCUGAUUACAAAAGAGUAAUGGCAUUUUUUGUGCCAUCAGCAACCUUAUGUAUGUGGGUGUGAUUAUCUAAAUCUCAUAGAGUGACUUCUGAAAAAAAUUCAUGCUCGUGUCUGCUUUCUAACCUGGGUUACCUCAAACUUGCAGUAAUGGUUUUUGGGUCAAAAUAGGCAUAAAUGGUUUCAAAGAAUGUAUCUCAGUCUUCGCUUAAAAUAAGUGUAUUAUUCUACUCAUGUCUUAGCUUGUUUUUUUUUUAGUUAAAAAUUAAAAAGCUCUAAUCUUGUAUCAGUAAGACCUUCUAGACUGUGUGAUAUUAGUUUCAAUGAAUUUCAUUUCUGCUGAAGGAAGUAGGCCCUGUAGCUGAAAUUUGGGAUAAUUGAUUUUUAUAGGCAUGGGGUAACAUGAUUCCUUUAGACUCUUCAAACCAUGGUGCACUCAGUAUGGACAACCAGUUCUUUCCCUAAUAACAGGUAAAGAGCUAUGUCUUUUUUUUGAUGAGCUUCUGUAACUGCAUGCAGUAUGUGUGAAUGCUGUCUGGUAGAUAGUCAGGUAAGCCUUUUAACAAGAAAUUAUAUCUAAUUUAUUAGGAUCCCUGGAAUGAGAAGACCAUGAGCUUUGGCCUUACAGUCUGUGUAGAUAUCUCAAGGAAUGAAAGCACAAGUGGUAGUCUUAGCUAGUUUUUCCUAGAAGCUAGCAAUUCGGUCGGCCUUUUCCUAAGGAAGUUCAAAUAAGCCAGACAUUUUUCAUUUUCUCUUCUGGUAAUGACUUAUUCAUCGUCUGUUGCUCCUGACUGCUGCUUAAACCAGACUUCACAGUUGGAAGCUGCUUUCCUGUUAUGUGAAAAUAUGAAACAGCUACUGCUUUAUGAAUGAGGUGAGAUGCAUUGUUAAAAACAUGACAGAUUUUGAUGUUUAAGUGCUUAUUCUGUCAAUGUGAGCAUAAACACUGUAGUGUAAAAAAGGAAGGAUUGCUAGCUUAGUUUGUUAACCCUAGCUGCUUUCUGAUAGCUAUAUCCAAGGCUUUCACCCAAAGGCAAUCAGUCAACAUUCAGUAGCUUUCUUAGUUUUCCUUGGAAAUCUGAGGUCAACCUUGAAAACAGUGUGUCUAAAACUCCUAAACAAAUUAAUCUCAUAAAAAAAAAAUAAUUGAAUAACUGCCAAGUAGAAGGUUGUAGGAUAUUCUUUCUUUGACAGGUACAGGAUAACUUUUCUUUGGUUUAGUUCUUUCCCAUUUUGACUCAUUGUGCUGUGCAAGAUCUAUUCAAGCUAAGAAGAAAUCAUAAACAUGAUCUGGCUUGUAAGACUAAAUGGUAACUUAAGGUAUUCCGAAGACUGGAGGGGUUCUUUCUGCAAAACUUCUCUUUUUGCAAGAGAAUACAUCAUUGGUGACUGUCAAUAUGGUGACAUGCUUAUUUGGUAAGCAACACUAGUUGAACAAAGCCGGUCUAUAUUCACACUAAUUAUCACCAAGAAAAAUACUCAGUUUUCAGUGUUAAUCAGGAGUCUUAAGUUUAGUUGACUUUUUUUGCUUGUCUGUUCUGGUGUUACACUCUGUCUUUUGACUAGUUCUAUCAAUAAGCUUUCAGAGAUCUCUUGUCUUUCGUGUCUUUCCGUAUGUAUUUGCAGCUCCCCCUCUGGUGAUCUGUGAAGGGGUGGUGAUCUUUGUUUUUGUGAGAAGGGUAUAUGUAUGUCUGACUUUUAAAUCUGGGAUUUCAAUAUGCAAAAUAAAACAUAGAUCAGAACUAUCUCUAUAUAGCAUGUCUGAAAUGUUUGGACGUGCUCUUUUUUUGGUCUUCAAACAUCCUUUAUCACAAAACUAAUCAGGAUUUUGAAUUAGGAGUAUGCUGUUGGGUGUCUAUUGGACUUGAUAAAGAAAAGCAAGCAGCCAUUGUACAUGGUAACCAACAAAUGUUAGAAAUGUCUAUCUUUAUGUUUUUUCAGAUUUAAGUAACUAGUUAUAAAAGCAAGAGAUGCUUUGGAAUGAGUAGUAAUAAUAGGAAAUGAGGCUUCUGAAAUGCAGUUUACAGGAUAAGCUGUCAGAAGAAGCUUCCUUUCAGGAUGUAACUCACAGAUUGGCUUUGUAAAUACUUCUACAACUGGAUCUGUAGCUGUGGACUCUUCCCUCCCAAAAACAUGGGACAGAGCAACCAAGCUGAGGGUUAUUUGUGUUUCCAUAUUGCUGAUAUUCAGUAAAAAAAACAGGGUUCCAUGAAUCCUUGAAUGUAUUUUACAAUGCAGGGACUCCUCUUUUCUUGUCUAAACCAUCCCACAGUAAAGUUUCUUCCCUACUCCUAAUGUCUUCUGUAAUUAAGAAACAGGUAUUCAUGGCUAGGUUUAUAUGGUCUGCUUAGCUGAUCUGCCUAAUGAUGGAUUUAACAAAGCUUAACAAAGGGGAAGGCAAACCCUUAAAGGAACAGAACUCAGACUAUUGGGGGGGGGAAAUAAAUUAGAACACAGUUCCCAAUGGAUAUGUGGUAGGAGGAUUCAAUGUUACAUUUGUAAAAUAUGAAAAAAACAAAUCUUUCUCAAUGGAAAAAUGAUUAUGCAGUGUAGCACUGGAAUGUUGCAUUGGAUACUGGGGAAACUGGGGAAGGAUCAUACAAUAUUUUGUUGGUCUUUUGAAAGAAGAUAUAAUUGUAAAAAUCUUUCGUAUUAGAAUCUCAGUGAAAUAUAUAAUGGAGCAUCCUAUGGAGGUAGGUUGUAAUGAAUAGCCAAUACUCAGUAAUAAAAUGUUUGAAUAGUUAUCUCUUGAUUUUCAUGGCAGGGGUAUGUGUGUGUGUCUCUCUUCAUUUCUUCUGCCUUUUGAAAGCAGUUUUGUGAUUUAACUGGAGAGAGUAAACAUGAUCUGAAAAUAAGUAUUAAGAACUGCAGUAAAAGUGACAGUAAUGCCUUCUGCUUUUAUAAGCAGAUCAAGAUAAGGCAUUUCCUGUUUGUACCUUUUGAUAUUUUCUUUCCACAGAACAAUUUAGAGGGAAAUGACUGCCUUUAUGGUUUACUAAUCUGGGAGAUAAGCUAUCAUAUGUUUAACAGAUUUUGGUAAGGCAUUAUACUGUGCAUGGUGUCACACUGCUGUUUGCUGUUGGCUGGGGUACUCAGUUAACUCAUGUUACAGUUCAACUUGUACUCUGAAUCUUCUCAAGUGACCAGUUCAAAUAUUUAGCCCUUCACAAGUAAUCCUACAGUAAUGGCAAUCAUGACAAUAUCUCCAAACUUGAUUUGAAUAAUUUCAAGCGUGAUUUGAAGUUGGAUCAGCUAAGAUGUAAUGAAGAUGAUGAAUUAAUAUAAAUCUCUUGUAUGCGGAUUCUUGAUGCAUUGAUGUAGAAAUGCACCAUAUUUUACAAUUCCAGAGAAAUCAAUCAGGACAGGACUGUGUGAAUGCCAGAAAAUGUGUUACCUGGUUAAUUUCCAUAUUUCAUGCAACUUCAGAGAAUUCUAAGAACUCUUAUUUUAACACAGUCUCUUACUGCUUUGUUAGAAACAAACUGGAGACCUUCUUCCACUUCUGGUCUAAGGACCCAUUAUGGUAUAGUGAUAGGUUGUCACAGAAGUUUGAGGUAAUAAAAAGGAAAAUAUGAAAUCUUUGUGAAACAAAUACUUCCAAAGACCUUAAAUUUUAAGUUAUUGAAACAGGGUUCCCUUCUUUACAAAACUGUACCUUUGCUCAAUGACAAUUCAAUAGAAACUCGCAGAAUCCUUACAUUUUAAUAUUGUAUCAAUUAGAAUAAUUAUAUUUAAUUUUGCUUUGAAUAUGAUUCUUUUCAAAGCUGUGUAAAGCAUUUUGUAUUGUGUAUAGGGAAAAAAAGAUAACUUUCUAUGGUAGUGCACUUAAAGCUGGGGGACAAAAGAUACACAGAACAGUUUAGCUUGCUGCAUUAAGUAGUCUAUAAUAAUGGCAAUUCCAAGAAGUAAAACGGUAGGUUUGCAGUUGUCUUGUUUUGGUUGCUAGUGGGUAACUGAAUUAACACUUGGGGCACAUGCCUUUAGUUUGUGCUUGCAAUCAGUUGUGCCCUUGAAAUAAGAAUGGUUGUCCCCACUCUUCUACUUCCUUAUCAAUUUAAAAUACCUGAUGGUUUUCCGAUAUGAACAUACUCUUUUCCAUAGUUCAGCAUCUAUCUUUGUGAAACCUACUUGGUGUGAAUGCUGCACUCUAAACAAGUGGAUGGAAUCUUCUGGAAUGAAGAAGAUGGAGGUGCCAGAAGUCUGCAGUCAAGAUAAUGGUUUGUCUCAUAUUCUGACCCUAGUGCUACAAGAACUGAAUUUGCUCUGUAAAAGAGAUGUCAAUGGUGUUGGCAUGUUAUAUGACCUGCUCAGAUCUCACUGGCUGCAAGCACUUUUAAAGAUCUACGAAUGCCUCCAAAACUACCUUGGAAAAAGGCCCAUGCCUGUCACACUGCAGGCGCGUGCACUGAAUCGUGAGGUGGUAGAGUUGCUGCGUGAAGCCCCUCAGUCUGGAGAGAUCAAAGAGCUAAGACGACUACUGCGAGCUCCACACUUAAGGGCCAUGCUAUCUGCUCAUGAUACUGUGGCCCAGAAAGAUUUUGAACCAACACUUCCACCACUGCCAGACAACAUACCUGAAAAUGAGGAAGCCAUGAGGAUUGUCUGCUUAGUGAAAAACAACCAACCUCUGGGUGCCACCAUUAAGCGCCAUGAGAUAACAGGUGACAUAACAGUUGCCCGUGUGAUCAAUGGUGGGCUAGCAGACAGAAGUGGGUUGUUGUACGCUGGAGACAAACUAGUGGAAGUAAAUGGAGUUCCUGUUGAAGGACUUGAGCCUGAGCAAGUUAUUAAUAUUCUGGCCUUGUCUCAGGGAACAAUUAUGUUCAAGCUGAUUCCAGUUUCUGAUCGUCCUGUCAGCAACCAAACAACACUAUAUGUGCGAGCAAUGGCAGAUUACUGUCCAUUGCAAGAUCCUGCCAUACCGUGUGCUGAUGCAGGUUUGCCUUUUAAGAAGGGUGAAAUACUUCAGAUUGUGGACCAGAAUGAUGCUCUCUGGUGGCAGGCCAGGAAAGUUUCAGAUCUCAGUGCCUGUGCUGGACUUAUACCUUCAAAUCAUCUUCUUAAAAGGAAGCAGCGAGAAUUCUGGUGGUCUCAGCCUUUCCAGCCCCACCUCUGUCUCAAAUCAUCAAUGUUAAGCACUGUGGAAGAAGAAGAUGACAUGCAGAUUGAUGAGAAGUGCGUGGAAACAGAUGAAGAAACGUUUGAGUCUGAGGAGCUUAAAGAAGAAGAGGAAGAAUUUGGUGAAUUUGGUCAACGAGUCUUUAUUGCUGGGUUCCGCAGAAGUAUGCGCCUGUGUCGCAGGAAAUCCUGGAACAACCAGCAGUCAUGCUAUGCUCGGUGCCCCAGCAGCUGUUACAGCGCUCUUGCAGCUCCUUAUGAGGAGGUGGUUAGGUACCAGCGGCAUCCAGCAGACCGGAACAGGCUAAUUGUACUAGUGGGUCCUGCAGGAGUGGGUGUGAAUGAGCUUCGGCGAAGGCUUAUCUCAAGUAACCCACGAGAGUUUCAAAGUGCUGUACCUCAUACCACUCGUGUUCAGAAGAGUUAUGAAAUGAAUGGUCGUGAAUAUCACUAUGUAUCAAAAGAAACUUUUGAAAACAUGGUGUACAGCCACAGGAUGCUGGAAUAUGGAGAAUACAAAGGCUACCUGUAUGGUACCAGUGUUGAUGCAGUGCGAACAGUCCUUGAUGAAGGGAAGAUCUGUGUAAUAGAUUUAGAACCACAGGGCAUCCAGAUAGCCCGGACUCAUGAACUGAAGCCCUAUAUUAUAUUCAUCAAGCCAUCCAGCAUAAGCUGCAUGAGGCAAACUCGUAAAAAUGCCAGGAUCAUUACAGAUUAUUAUGUGAACAUGAAAUUCAAGGAAGAAGAUUUACAGGAGAUGGAGGAUUCUGCUAAGAAAAUGGAAGAUCAGUUUGGUCAGUUUUUUGAUCAAGUGAUUGUGAAUGACAAUUUACAAGAAGCAUCUGCGCAGCUGCUAUCUGCAGUCCAUCGUGCACAAGAUGAGCCCCAGUGGGUCCCUGCAAUGUGGAUAUGCUCAGAUACUCAGCCAUAAUUCUCAGUGGCAGGCAGCUUCAUAAAGAUUACAGCUUAUGUUUUACUUCACGAAUAAUCCUAAUGUCAGGAUUGUCAGAAUUUAUCUUUGUAUGCAAGGGAUUUGGAAGAGGAUUAGGAAAGAAGCUGCUGCAGGAGAUAUAAUCAUACUGUGUUAUAGUUGAGUCCAUUUUUGUACGAAAAAGGAAAUACUGUGAGCUUUCAAUUACAAGAAUAAAGGAAAAUAUAUUUUGUUGCAUGUA